AUAUCGUUUUGCAGUCUCCGAAGUGCAGUUAACGUCACGUUCUUUGCUCGUAACGUCGAGUUUUCUGCCGUCUUAGCGACUCGUCGGAUUCUCGUGACCGUAGAAGCAGAUUUUCCGCUUCGAUCUCGUUCUCAGACAGCGAAGACAUCGAUCCGUAAACAGCAAGCGUACCAUAAACAUUUUGGCUUUGAACGAUGCUAGAGUUCUGUUAAGUUUAAAUAUUAAUAGCACACAUGGCGCGGGCAAAUAUGAAAAGGCGGCACUCGGAUUUGUCGCACCUCGAAUCCGUUACCAGAAUCUCAAAUCUCCCCGUCGUGGAAAGCGGCAUAUACAUGGCUGGCAAUGCGUACAGACGAAUCAAGUCCUCGAAUUCCUUGAUAAACUGGAGUUUGGAUACCGCGGAAGACACGUUAAAAAUGGCGACCGUGGCCGCACGACCAGCGCUUUACGUAUUUAACGGGCCAAUUACGACAAUCGACGAGCUACUGUGCAAAGGCAUCGACAUAGUCGAGCAGAGAGUACCGGCGGUUCAUCUUCCGCCUCAUCUCCUGUAUCUGAACACGCGAGAGUAUGUAAAUAACAAUAUUGUAAAACCAAUGCUGAUGCGCGCCGGAAGCAUGAAGAACAUCGGUAGCCAGGCCGCCGACGUUGCCGCUGUCACAUUGGACGGUGCGCUGACAAUCGCGGACAAGUACGUGGAUCGUUAUCUGCCAGCAGAUCCAGCCGACAAAGUCGGUGAGAACAAGGAUGUCCAUUUUUCAGAAGUUGACUCCACUAAUCCCGAGAGCAAAGCUGCACGCACGAUCAAACACGGGCGGAGAUUUUCGCGAAAAUUGCAGAGGAGAUUGACACGACGCACUCUGGCCGAAGCACGCGCGCUUAAAGAGCAAGGAACGGAAUGCAUGCACGUUCUUUUGUAUGUGGUUGAAUUGAUAGCCACCGAUCCUAAACUGGCAUAUCAAAAAGCCAAGGAACUGUGGGCCAUCCUGAGUCUACCUGAGCCUGAAAAUCAGGCGCGUCCAGCCACGCUCGAACAACUACUGGUUCUUUUGACACGCGAGUCCGCACGACGCAUAGUACAUCUGGUGAAUGGUACGGUGGCACUGGCAGCAAAAACUCCGCGAUGUAUAGGUUGUCUGCUCUCCCGGCUUUCUCAUCAAUUGCUCGCCGUCGCUGACGCCUCGUUGAAGAUGACACCACUUAUAAACAAAAGCAAAGCUGUGACGAAAAAACAAAUGUCUCUUAUACGCUCCGCUAUUGAUAGGUUGAGUGUCAUCGCGAAUCAAAUAUUGGAAAAAUGUGCCGUGUUCUUGGCUGGUCGCCCCAGUCCUCAGAAGACACCGCACGUGCAAAACCGCCGCCAGCAGAACCACAACAACCACAUGUCGGCGACUCCCGAUCCCCCAAUAAACGGUAUCGAGUAACACGAGCAAGUCUCGCCUGAAAACUGCAGCGUGCAGUAUUUCUACCCUUCCGGUAUGGUUUUCAAUUACAAGUUCAAAGACACGAGAAUAGAAAUCGCGCUCCGAGUUGUGUGGCGCUCCCUGAUUAAUGUAACGUUUUCGUCGACACUAUCAUUACAUCAUUACUCUUGCGAUUUUGUACGUGAUAGAAGAUAAGACAAUAAGAUAUAUUUUAUCGCUGGCAUAUACUGUGUCCGUGCUGCGUUCAUUAUGCGCCAUGGAUUUAAUUUACUUAUUGAGCGAUUAUCAUUGUUUUUUUUUGGUAAUCAUAAAUAAUAUUAAAUGAUAAACGAAGAAAUAAAGGGCCAUUUUGGUUAGUAA